AUGACCCAAGAUACGACCGUGCCAAAAUUGGUCACUGUCAUAAUAACAACUUCGCCAACUCCAUCCGCGCCAUCGACGGAGCUUGUCUUGGCGGUUAUCAAGUCAUUUGAAGAGCAUUGUCAUGCUUUAACAUUAUGUAAUAUUAUUGUUGUUUUCGACACUUUUGAUCAAAUAGUUCCGACAGCGCGAUUGAAGAAAGGACAAGUCACGCCUCAGCAAGCAGCAGAUUUUGACGAAUACAAGAAGAAUGUCAAGGAACUGAUACUCACAAAAUAUCGCCAUGUCGGUGCUAAGUUCACCCAACGGCGUGCUACGGCGGAGUACGGUAGUCCCAACCCCCAGAACACCGUUGAGUACACGAUAUUGCAAACCAGAGACAAGAAAGUCACCUUUAUAGAGCCGUCAAGACGACUAGGAUUCGGUCUUGCAGUCAGAUCAGCCUUAGGGGUAACUCAAACUCCUUUCGUCUGGGUGCAGCAACAUGACUGGGCUUUGGUUGCAGACUUCCCCAUGGAACCCCUUGUACAAAUCAUGAAAGCAUACGAUUCGCACCCAGAAACUCCCAUCAAGUAUAUAUGCUUAGCUGCUAUUCGUAUGCUCUCACAUGCCAUAUCCGAACAGCAUCCGGUCCUGCGAGAGCUAUCAUCAUCUCUUACGCAAAGAUACGAAGAUCCGACACACCCUGGUGUCAAGAUACCCUUGACACCGAUUUACUUCUGGCAUGAUAAACCCCAUCUUGCAUCAACAGCACAUUACCUCGAAAGGGUGUUUCCCUCACGGUUGGCUAUGCUGCGAGGAGACUUUAUUGAGGACAAGAUUGGACAAAGGGCUCGCGCUCAGAUGAAGGAAGGCCUCCAGUUCACGAAAUGGGCUACUUGGCUCUACUACCCUGAUGACGGGAAACAGCUAUGUCUGAAACACCUUCAAGGGAGGACUUGGGCGGGUGCUGAACGACAAGCUGAUAGGGCUGCUAUACAGUCUAAGGACAAUUCAAUUGACACAAUGAGACUCUUGACUCCCCUCAUCAUCGCCUCCAAUGCCAUCCUGGCAGUGUCCCAACUCAUGGGAACGCCAUCCUACGAGUAUCUCUAUACCGUCAACGCAACCCUCGGCGAACGUUGGCCGAUUGGCGACUACGGUCAAGGUAGCCGCGUUGUGAUUCCCAUCACCGGCGGAACCUUCAAAGGACCCAAGCUUUCGGGAACGGUCACUAACCUUGGUGCCGACUGGGGUCUCACCGACACUAAUGGCGUUUUCUUCCCCGAUACCCGAUACAACCUCAGAACUCAUGAUGGAGUUGAUAUUUAUAUCCAAACUUCUGGUCCGACGCAGCCUGAUGGAAGGACGUUGUUGAGGGGCGUUUUUCAGGCGGCGCACCCGGAUUAUGAGUGGUUAAAUUAUGUCCUUGCCGUUGGUGUUUUGCAGAGACCACCUGCUGAGAGCAAGGGCAAGUAUGUUGUUAUUGACAUGUGGGCAGUAAAUUAUCCGGACCGAUAUCUCUGCCCAUCCUCACAACGACUGACUCGCAAACUCCUCCCCAAUCCAUCUACCCCGUUCAUGCACCCCGGAUCUAGUUCCCAACCAGGCCAGCCGAGGUUUCAAGACCCCUUCUCUUCCCCUCACGAACCCAACUACCGCCCUGUCAAACCAUCCUCAAUCCGCGAUAGCACUCCCAUGGUAUUGCCGAGGGUUGCUGAUCUGGUUCUCAGCGACACCUCGACUGAUAUUUGUUUACCGCAAGAUAAUAUGCGUCCUACAUUUUUGCUCUUUCCGGGGUUGGGGGCUUGUGCUGCUGCUGGCAAGGGUGAUGACUUUGCGGCUAAAUGCGCUGGUUUCAAGACCUCGCUGAAGUUGCCCAACACCAAAGUCUGGUUCACUGAGCACGUGCCUGCUGGGAAAAACAUCACUUUUCCUGACAACCACCCAACAUGCACGCCCAAGAGCACCAUCACUGAUGUUGAGAUCUGCCGCGUGGCUAUGUUUGUUACUACUGGUCCCAAGUCAAACCUUACCCUUGAGGCUUGGCUUCCUUCCAACUGGACCGGUCGAUUCUUGAGCACUGGAAAUGGUGGAAUGGCUGGAUGUAUUCAGUACGAUGAUGUUGCCUACGGUGCUGGCUUUGGCUUUGCUACUGUCGGAGCUAACAAUGGACAUAACGGCACUUCAGCUGUCUCCAUGUACAAGAACUCGGGAGUCGUUGAGGAUUAUGUUUACCGUUCAGUUCACACUGGAACUGUUCUCGGAAAAGAGCUUACGAAGAAGUUCUACGGCAAGAAGCAUACCAAGUCUUACUAUCUUGGAUGCUCAACUGGUGGACGACAGGGAUGGAAGGAGGCGCAGAGCUUCCCUCAUGAUUUCGAUGGUAUUGUGGCUGGUGCUCCCGCUAUGCGCUUCAACGGUCUGCAGUCCCGCUCUGGAAGCUUCUGGGGUAUCACUGGCCCCCCUGGAGCACCUACCCAUCUCAGUCCUGAGGAAUGGGCUAUGGUUCAGAAGAACGUCUUGGUUCAGUGCGACGAGCCACUUGAUGGUGUUGCAGAUGGUAUUCUCGAGGAUCCCAACCUUUGCCAGUACCGCCCUGAGGCUCUUGUCUGCAGCAAGGGUCAGACCAAGAACUGCCUGACUGGACCCCAGAUCGAGACAGUCCGCAAGGUCUUUGGUCCUCUGUAUGGUAACAACGGCACAUAUAUCUACCCUCGAAUUCCUCCUGGAGCCGAUCAGGGUUUCGGCUUUGCCAUCGGCGAGCAGCCUUUCCCUUACUCUACGGAAUGGUUCCAGUACGUUAUCUGGAACGAUACCAAGUGGGACCCCAACACCAUUGGACCCAAUGAUUACCAGAAGGCUUCUGAGGUCAACCCCUUCAAUGUUGAGACAUGGGAGGGAGACCUCUCCAAGUUCCGCAAGCGGGGAUCCAAGAUCAUUCACUGGCAUGGUCUCGAGGACGGUCUCAUCAGCUCCGACAACUCAAUGGAAUACUACAACCACGUCUCGGCAACAAUGGGCCUCAGCAACACUGAACUUGAUGAGUUCUACCGAUACUUCCGUGUCAGCGGCUGCGGUCACUGUUCCGGCGGAAUUGGAGCCAAUCGCAUUGGAAACAACCGCGCAAACCUGGGUGGCAAGGAGGCGAAGAACAACGUUCUCCUCGCUCUUGUCAAGUGGGUUGAGGAAGGCCAAGCACCCGAGACCAUCACAGGUGUUCGCUACGUCAACGGUGCUACCACCGGAAAGGUCGAAGUUGAGCGUAGACACUGCCGCUAUCCUUACCGCAAUGUCUGGGACCGCAAGGGUAACUACAAGAACCCCGACAGCUGGAAGUGCGAGCUGCCCAAGUAAACGGAAUGUCAGCGAGAUG